CGGUCCAACUGACGACGCGGCUGGAUGAGGCAGAGAGGGAAUCGCCUCGGAGGGAUAGAGGGAAAACUUUUCCUCCUUUGUUUUUUAGCGUGCGACUUACUCUAGCAGAGGGAGAAGAGAGGCGUGUGAGGAGGAGUAUUAAGAUUUUCCAGGGAGGUGGAGUGUUUUUUUUCAAUGUGGAUUCACAGACGAGAACUUCCACGGUGAACUAAAGUUGAGUGAGGCACCGCGGAGAAUGGGAACUAGCUAACCCUCCUCACAUCUGUGGCCAGUCAGAACUAGCUUCGCCUUUUAAAACGUUUGCAUGGGGCAUGGUUAACAGCAGAGCUAUGCCGUUUUUGAAGUUGUAGUCGAUUACAGUUUGAGAGUUUGAAAAGGGAGAAGUUGGGAGAGAACCGGUUUUCCCUUGGUACCCUUGCACCGCUUUUGUGUUUGUGAAUGGUGGGGUGUUUUUCCUGUUUGACAGCGCCAAUUGUCAAGAAGUGAACGUUACAACUGCCGCAGGCUCAUCGCUGCCAAACCUGCUCAGAUGGACUUAAGAUAGAGCCGCAAGAAGUUCUACCUUUUUCCUGAACUUCAGCCUCCCACAUUCACCCAGAAUGGCAGAUCCUACAGGGCUGAGCUCUGAAGGGGCCGGGGCAGGUUUGUCAGAGGUCGACCUCUGCAGUUUGGAGAUAGAGAGGAAGUAUGAUGUCAUCCCUGCUGUCAUCUGCUCCAUGUGUUGCCUCUUUGGCAUCAUCUACUGCUUCUUUGGUUACCGCUGUUUCAAGGCCGUCAUGUUCCUAUCUGGUCUGAUGUUUGGCUCUGUCAUCAUCUUCCUGCUCUGUCACAAGGAGCAUGUGCUGGACACUCAGCUGAGUGUGGAGGCCAGCGCAGGUAUCGGACUCGGUAUAGGCCUGCUCUGUGGCCUGGUCACCAUGCUGGUACGAAGCGUCGGCCUCUUCAUGACUGGUCUACUGCUAGGUCUCCUCCUGGCUCUUGCCGCCUUGCUGGUCACUCACCAGUUCUACACUCCUACCACAGUCUGGGUCCCACUGGGUGCUCUGCUGGGAACAGGCAUGCUGUUUGCAGUGCUGACACUGCAGUGGCAGAAGCUCUUCACCAUGCUCUCCACAGCCGUGUUUGGUGCCGCCAUCAUGACAGUGUGCGCUGAUUAUUUUGUGGAGAUGCUGGCUUUGGCCACACAUGUGUAUGACUGUCUUAGACUCACACCCGGACCCCCUCUCUGCUGGUACAGCUGGGUCAUUCUGGGCAUCUGGCCUGCCCUCAGCCUCAUAGGCGUGCUGGUCCAAUGGAAACUGACAGAUGACAGCUUCUCACACACUGAGGUUGUGAUCAGUCGGAGACAGAAGAGAGUCCAGCUGAUGAGGAUUCGGGAGAAAGACGCCAAGAAGCGACAGCAGGCAGGUGGGCAGGAAGGCACAUACCGCCGUAAACCCACCCCAGUGAAACGUUACGCUGGUGAUCUACUGGCACCGAGCUACCUGCAAAGUCUGCGGGACAGACAGAUGGGCACCGGCACUUCCCUUAGCAGCCUGGGAACUGCCAACCACACCAUGAUCGACCUGGACUUUGAGACUGGAUCCACAGCACCCCUCACAGCUACCACCCCGGUCAUCAGGGUGUGAGUCUUACAAAGGAUGAGAAGGGACUGCUUGGUGCUUCGCUGGUUCUCCAGCUGUGUCUUCAUGAAGAAGAGAAGAACAAAUAAACUGUGACUCUCACUGAAGGCUUUUAUUCUGCCUUAGUGUUCAAUGAGAGAGAAAGCUGCCUAUUUGAAAGUAAAAUGUGUGGAGUUCCAGUUUGGUGAGGACUAUAACCACUGCAACGCCCCUGUUCCUCAGAGAUGUACUUAAAAACAUUCCUACAUUGUAGGGUCCUUAAUUUCUUUUCCUUAUGUAUCUAAUACAUAAAAAGCAAGUACGAGCCUGAAGACCAAGUGUGUGUCAUUUUUAGUUGUGACUAUAACAAAGAAAUAAAUUUGACAUUACAUGUACUGUACUUAAAAAUUAGCCAUUGCCAUGAAGUGUUGUGUUAUGACAUUUUGUAUUGUUUAACUGUGGUCGUAGAAUUCCUCAAAUUUUAUUGUUAAAUUUACUAAAUUGUGUUUUUUUUAGAUGGAGUGUGUUGUGACAGUAAAAUAGAGCAUGUAGGUGGAAAUAGAAGUAUGAAAGUGAAGUAAAAAUUAAAUGAUGCAAUUAAGAUACAGUUUGUAUGGAAAGCUCUUGUCAGAGCUUUUAGCGGGAUCUUUUCCAGCAGCACUCCUUAUCCUGUGACUUUUUGUGUGUUUGUUUGUUAGAACGUCACAGGUAACAACUGGCCUGUUGAGGUUUUCUAAUUUAAUUUAUACAAUGAAUAUGGUAGUUUUGGAAAAAGGGCAACAAACAAAGCAUGUCUGUUGUCAAUUUGUAGAUUUUUAAAUAAUUAUCCCUUUUGUUGUUUGGAUUUUUCAGGGACAAUGUACUUUGUUACCUGGAUGUGUACAUACCUGUUUAUAGAGAUGUCAAAGAUGAAUAAAUGUGUUUGAUAUAAAA